AUGAAAAUAAGACAAAUACAGAAUGUCAUAGUGGAAUUGGAAAAUGAAGAGGGGGAAUUAAUUACAACACAACAAGGUAUUGCUGAUAUUUUAGUGAAUCACUUUGAAGCCAAAUUCAAAUAUAAAGAAGUUCAGAUUUCUGAGGAGAUAAUUGAAGCAGUUCCUAAGGUAAUUCUAAACGAAUAUAAUGACAAAUUAAAAGCCAUUCCCUCAGCAAAAGAAAUAAAGAAAGCAGUUUUUGAUCUUGAUCUUGACAUUGAUGGAUUUGGUGGAUGGUUCUACAAAUUGGCCUGGGAUAUAAUCAGUGAAGAUUUUGUUCUAGCCAUUCAAUUUUGUUGGGAAAAAGAAUUCAUUCCAGCAGGUAUGAAUGCUAACUUUUUAAUGCUUAUUCCUAAAGUCAAAAAUGCAAGAAAAGCAAACCAAAUCAGGCCAAUUGGUUUAAUGAAUUUUUGCUUCAAGGUAUUUACUAAAAUUAUCACUACAAGAUUAAGUUUGGUAUUUCAGAAGAUUGUAUCUCCUCAACAAGGAGCCUUCAUCAAAGGGAGAAAUAUACAAGAUCAGAUAGUUCUAGCAUCAGAAAUGAUCAAUGAACUAGAUACAAAGAGAAGAGGAGGUAAUGUGGGAUUGAAGUUAGACAUUUCUCAAGCUUAUGACUCACUUAGUUGGGAAUUCCCCUUUCUGGCUUUGAAACAAUUUGGAUUCUCAGAUAUGUUUAUAAAAUGGAUUCAUAUUCUACUUAAGUCAGCUAAAAUAUCGGUUCUUGUUAAUGGGGGACCAGUUGGAUACUUCAAUGUAAACAGGGGUCUAAGACAGAGAUCCUCUCUACUCUCUCAUCUUUGUUAUGGUUGA